UUAAUUGAUUUAAUAAAAUAUUAAUAAUGUAAAAUUUAUAAGCAAUAAUAGCUCCAUCAAUUCUUUCAGCAGAUCUUUCUGAUUUAGCAAACGAAUGUAAAAGACUAGAUGAACUAUAAGCAGACUGGUACCAUGUUGAUGUUAUGUCAUUUUGUACCAAACUUAACUAUUGGUGCCCCCGUAGUUUAAUGCUUAAAGAAACAUGUAAAAGGAUUUUUAGAUUGUCAUUGCAUGGUUUCAGAACCAUAAAAAUGGGUUAAAGACUUCGGAAAAGCAGGUGCUAAUUAAAUGACUUUUCAUUAUGAAACAGUGGAAAAUCAUGAAGAAUUAUGUUAACUAAUAAGAGAUAAUGGAAUGAAAGUUGGAAUGGCUAUAAAACCUAAAACAUAAAUUGAUGAUAAAAUAAAAAAAUUAUGUUUAAAUAAUUUAUUAGAUUUAAUUUUAGUUAUGACAGUUGAACCCGGAUUCGGAGGUUAAAAAUUUAUGGAAGAUAUGAUGCCAAAAGUAAAACAAUUAAGAUAGCUUUGUCCUAAUUUGAAUAUUUAAGUUGAUGGCGGAAUUACAUGUGAUAAUAUACAUAUAGUAGCUCAAGCAGGAGCAAAUGUUAUAGUUUCUGGUUCUGGAGUUUAUGGUCAUAAAGAUCCUAAGCUUGCGAUUUAAUUUAUGAGAGAAGAAGUAAAGAAAUGCAUAUGA